AUGGCUUCCCCAUCUGACCCUUACGAUCACCACUGGCACUUCUCGGACUUGUCCGACAAGACCUUCCAACUCCAUGGCCGUAGUCUGGCCGUUGCUCUCGUCUUCUUCUCCCUUCUCCUCUUCUUCACUUUCUUGUUCGUCUACUUCUUCUACGUGUGCACCCACCGCCGGCACUCAGCCACGGUCAGGUCCACGUCCAACCCGACUGCACCCCAUGUGGUCGAGCUUGGACUCGACCCAGUGACGAUCAACGCGUUACCAAUAUUUCUGCACGGGCCCCCCGACAAUAGCGGCGGCUUAGAAGUGGAGUGCUCCAUAUGCAUCAGCAUGUUCCAAGAAGGAGAACGAGUGAAGGUCUUGCCCCAGUGUCGCCACGCUUUUCAUUCACAGUGCGUUGAUAAGUGGCUCAUGACUCACUCCAGUUGCCCUCUCUGCCGAACCGCUAUUCUCCGAGGCGACUCCUUGGCUGGCACUGGAUUAAUUGUGUGA